CGCCCACGGCUUCCAUUUCUGUUCUGGAACACACGAGCCCUCGCGAAGAAUACACAUUUGCUUUGCUUUUUUGAAUUUGUCUUCUAAUGUAAAUAGAGUAGUAAGUGCGACAUAUUGACGAAGUUAAACUUAUUUAUAUUUGAAUAAAUAGUGUUGUUUUUUCCGCUAAAGGACACGUUUGAGCUCCAGAAGAAGCGAGGCGGGCUUUUACUCCCCAUUUUAACUUUAGUGAGCGGCGUUUUCCGCCGUUUUUUUAUUCCCUCCCCUGCCCCUCUCUCUCGCUCCCCCCCUGUGAGAGUCGAGGCCUGUAGUGCAGCCACGAGGCGCGUCGGACCACCGGGAAUAAGGCGAUGGCGGAGUUUGGUAACGGACUGGCAGAGGAAUCUCUGCUGGACUCAGACCCGGGACACUCAGAACUUGAAGACCCAGGCGUCGGAGAUGAAGAACCUGGAUUAGACGAGGGAGAGGCCGCUAUUGAAGAUCCGGAGCUGGAAGCAAUUAAAGCCCGGGUGAGAGAGAUGGAGGAGGAGGCAGAGAAACUGAAGGAGCUACAGAACGAGGUGGAGAAACAGAUGAAUCUCAGUCCUCCACCUGCUGGUCCUGUCAUUAUGUCCAUUGAAGAGAAGAUGGAAGCAGAUGGGAGAUCUAUUUAUGUUGGAAAUGUGGAUUAUGGUGCGACGGCAGAGGAGUUGGAGGCGCAUUUCCAUGGCUGUGGUUCUGUAAACAGAGUCACCAUCUUGUGUGACAAGUUUACAGGACACCCCAAAGGGUUUGCAUAUAUAGAGUUCGCAGACAAGGAGUCUGUUAGGACCGCUAUGGCACUGGAUGAGUCUUUAUUCAGAGGAAGGCAGAUUAAGGUUGGGGCCAAGAGAACAAAUCGUCCUGGCAUUAGCACCACAGACCGCGGUUUUCCUCGGGCCCGCUUCCGCUCACGUGGAGGAGGAAACUUCUCAUCCCGUGCGCGCUACUACAGUGGCUACACACCUCCCAGAGGAAGAGGACGGGCCUUCAGGGGCCGAGGGCGAACAACAUCGUGGUACUCCCCCUACUAAUACCUCCCCACCCCCCUAUGAAAUCCCCCCUUACUAUCAUCCCGUAUCCCUAUAGAAAAGAAAAAAAAAGACCCCUCUCAAAAAAGGAAGAAAAAAAGAAGAAAAAAAAAGACAAAAAAAAGAAAAAACAAACAAAAAAAAAAAGAGCAUCUCCUGGAAAGACAGACUGACUGGCCGCAGUGUGCGAUUGUGUGUGCGCGUGCGUGUGAGGAGGUGUUGCGAUCGCCCUGGUAAGGUACAAUAUGUCCGUUGGGGAGAUUUGGUGGCAUUUGUUUAAAUUUGAGAAGCAUUUGUAAUCUCAGGCUGCAGAUGUGUGUCCUUUUGUCUGGCUGUGAUUUUUCUCUCACCAAACAGCCCCUUAUGUUUGCACUCAAAGGCAAACAGAAAAGAAAAAAAAUGUUAACUUUUUUUUUUUUUUUAAUGAUUGUAAUGUGAAUAUGUGAACAAUUUAAUAGCAAGAAUGUUGUUGUUUUCACAAAGUUGUGCUAUUUGAGAUCAUAUUCUCUAUUAUUUGUUUGUGCUCUCUGGAAUCCCUUUUCCCUCCAGCAUUGGUUUCUUUCCUGUUCAUCCCUCACUCGGAUUACUUCCUCCACCUGUGUUAUUCCGACAGUGGUUGAGAGUUCGGCAUUGUUUUUAUGUUUUACUGUUCUUGAACCAUCUUCCACACCAUACGACUAUUGUAAGAUGGCAUGGCCUGAGCUCUGAGAUCUUUUCUUUU